AUGUACCUGACCACCUGCAUCGAAGGUGUGAUAUCCCACUACAGCGCGCUUAACCAGUAUCAAGCGCUUCUAUCUGCGAAGCUGGACAGGUCCCGUCUAGCAUUCAAGGCCACCACCGAUUCGAAACAGUGGUGGACAACUAUGUCAACUCUAGUGUUGUGGUAUAAAGAGGGUCAACUUGUCAUUGAUUCCUCAAAUUUCGCGUACUGCGCGCAGCUCUGUUUCCAGGGGAUCCCUCAGCUGGAAGGUCAGACAGUCCGGCUGAGAGAUAAGCGGACACUGGCUCCUCAAUAUUUACGAUUAAUGGACACAGGGCUGGUUUUGGGAGUGUGCACCGCUUGA